UGCGGACAGUAGGGGGGAUCGGUCUGUGCGCACAGACCGAGAAGCGCAAAUCCACCUUGGAGCAUCUGUGAGCGGAGCACGGGGAGAUGCGGACAGCGGUCUGCACCGUUUCUACCAGGUUUCUGAAAUCAAGACGGCAUGAGUUUGAUACCUGAAUUGAUUCUGUUCACGACUGGCGCUCGGAUUUUUUAUCACUGAGGGAAUCUGGAAAUGUAGCGGGACUGAAUGGAGAGUCGAUAGAACGCGUGAGAGCUGCUUUUCGCCUGUCUGCCUGUAGUCUAAUAUUACAGACAAUAAGGCGAGUAAAUUAGUCAUUAGAAACGGUGGCAUGUCAGUAUUUGGUUGAUGGUAAAUGGUAGAAUCUGUGUUAUAAGGCACUGUAGCUAUUUUUCUUUGUGAUAUGAACAAGAAGCCAUAUUAAAUUUGUCAUUAAUUUACAGAGGGUGAUAUUCAGAUUGAUUAAAGACCUCAUAAAGACGCCCCUCCUGAUUUGAUGAAAAUAACAAAUUGUAUUCAUCCUAAAAGAAUUAAAAGGCAAUCAUGUCAAAAGCUAAGAGCAGUGAGUCAGUGAAGGUGGUAGUUCGUUGCCGCCCCUUGAACCGGAAAGAAGAGUCCAAUGGUGCUGCAGGGGGCAUAGUGCAGAUGGACCUGCGGCUCGGACAGGUGAUCCUCAGAAACCCUCGUGCAUCAGCCAGUGAGCCCCAGAAAACAUUCACUUUUGAUGCAGUUUAUGAUGCAAACUCCAAACAGCGAGAUAUGUAUGAUGAGAGCCUGCGGCCUCUCAUAGAUUCAGUGCUUGCAGGAUUCAAUGGCACCAUUUUUGCGUAUGGGCAAACCGGAACUGGAAAGACAUACACCAUGCAAGGUGUGUGGCUGGACCCAGAGAAACGAGGUGUGAUUCCCAAUGCUUUUGACCACAUCUUCACACACAUCUCUCGCUCGCAGUCCGAUAAGCAGUAUCUGGUCCGAGCGUCCUACCUUGAGAUCUAUCGGGAGGAGAUCCGGGAUCUCCUUAAUCCCAACCAUGCCAGUGCCAAGGCCCUGGAGCUCAGGGAGAGUCCAGAGAUUGGGGUUUAUGUUCAAGAUCUCACAUCCUGUGUUUGCAAGAGCAUCAAAGAGAUUGAGGAGGUGAUGAACAUGGGCAACCAAGCAAGGGCGGUUGGGGCAACAGACAUGAACGAACACUCGUCCAGGUCCCAUGCUUUGUUCUUGAUCACGGUGGAGUGCAGCCAGCCUGGUCCAGAUGGAAGGAAACACAUUCGAGUUGGGCGCCUCAACUUGGUGGACCUGGCUGGUAGUGAACGCCAAGCCAAGACCGGUGUCCAGGGAGAGCGCCUGAAAGAAGCUGCUAAGAUCAACCUUUCCCUGUCAGCACUGGGGAAUGUGAUCUCAGCACUAGCAGAUGGGCGCAGUGGCCACGUGCCAUACCGGGACUCCAAGCUGACCCGGCUGUUGCAGGACUCUUUAGGUGGGAAUGCAAAGACAGUCAUGGUUGCCACCUUAGGACCAGCCCCCCAGCACUAUGAUGAGACCCUCAUCACUCUCCGCUAUGCCAACCGAGCCAAGAACAUCCAGAACCAGCCCAGAGUCAACGAGGACCCCAAAGAUGCACUACUGCGUGAGUUCCAGAGGGAGAUUGCUCGACUCAGGGCCCAGCUCAACCACAGGAAGUGGAGGAGCAAGCAGAAGAAGGAGAGGGUGGAUGGAGAGAGCUGGGACAGAGAUGGGGAUGAAGAGACAGAGUUUGAGGAGGAAGAGGAUGUGGAGGUGGAGAAGGAGGCAGAGGAGUAUGUGAAGCUGGAGGAGCAGCGGUUGGAGAGGGAGAAGGAGGCCAUCAGAGAGGAUCAAUUUCUUUUGGCUGAGGAGAAGCAGCGGCUGCUGGGAGAGAAGGAGAGGAUGAUGGGAGAUCUGAGGAAGAAGCAAGAGGCUACUGAGCAGCUGACCGCCAAGUACAAGGCGAUGGAGAGCAAGCUGCUGGUCGGUGGAAAGAACAUCAUAGAUCACACCAAUGAGCAGCAGAAGAUGCUUGAGAUUAGACGGCAGGAGAUUGCUGAACAGAUGCGUAAGGAGAGAGAGAUGCAGCAGCAGAUGUUGGUCCAAGACGAAGAGACACUGGAGUUGAGGGACACUUUUACUUCUCUACAACAAGAGGUGGAGGCCAAGACCAAGAAACUCAAGAAGCUGUACGCCAAACUCCAGUGCAUCAAAGCAGAGCUCCAGGAUGUGAACAACGAGCACGUGACGAGCCGACAGGAGCUGGAACAAACACAGAACGAGCUCACCAGAGAGCUCAAGUUCAAGUAUCUGAUCAUAGAGAACUUCAUUCCACCAGAGGAGAAGAAUAAGAUUAUGAACAGACUGACCUUUGACCCUGAGGAGGAUCAGUGGAAGUUUCAGCCUCUUGUUCCUGCAUCCAGUAAAUCCCUGCAGAUGAAGAGGAGACCAGCAUCUACAGUCGGGUAUAAGCGGCCCAUCAGCCAGUACGCCAGGGUUGCCAUCACAAUGGGAGCUCACUCCAGAUACAGGGCUGAGAACAUCAUGUUUCUGGAGCUCGACAUGACUCCACCAAACACCGCCUCACUGGAUCGCUCAGCAGAGGCCGAGCUGAACCAAAGUCCAUCUGUGGACAACUCACCCACCAAGGACAGAGGCGUCCACAAGUCUCGCUCCUGGUGCAAGAACCCAAAAUCUGCCAGUUCCUCUUCCACCAUUUCACUGGUGGCAUGUCACGCUGCCACACCCACAGUGGCACAGUGACGCUUUAGCAAGGAUGUUUUUUAAAGUAUUUAUUUUAUUCUUUUGCUUCUUCUUCCGCUUUUCUUCUUCCUCUUUUGGCCAGUGAUCUUCUGAACGACUUCUGAAUGAGGCCUAUGAGUGGGACACAGAUACACAGUUUCAUGACAGGAAACUAAAUGACCUGAUGAACCUCAGAAACUCUGUAAAACUUCAGGAUGUAAAGAGCCACCACAACCCCUUCUUCCUGCAUGUUUGAGCCCAACAUGUCUCUGGCUGCAGCGCUGUACUGCCCAGACUGUGUGGGUUUCUGUAUGGAUAUGUGUAGUGUACAUCCAGGGCUGUCUGAUUGUUUGUGUCUCUAACUGUGACCACAUCUGGAAGCUUGCAAACUGCUUGAGUCCCCUGUGAGAGAUCAGUUUGAAUAUUCCAUGUAUUUGGGUGCAGGUCUGUGUCCAUUCCUUUAGAAAGUUUAUGUCCAUGUUGGCUGUUGGACUCAAGCGCAGUAGAAAAUAGUGACAUAGCAUAUGAUAUGUGCAACUGUUGGUCAGAUGAGGUACUUUGAAGUGUGAAUGAUGACCUUCACCCUGCAUUUGUUGUAACAUAAAUCCUCUGUCCCUCCACAGCAUUCAUAGGAAAUGCCUUAAAAUAAUCUCAAAGGCAUGUCCGACUUCCAAAAUCAGUUUGCUGGAAUUUUUUAUUUAUACCAGGAGAAUGGAAAACACAGGCGCAAAUUAAAAUCCUAAAUCAAGACUUUUCAAAUAUUACAGUAUGACUGUGGUUUCGUGCCACACAAAAAAAAUAAAGUAGAAUUAUGAGAUUUACAUCAGAAUAUUCUGAGAAUACACCGAUGCAAUCCAAUACAAUUGUGCAGCUCAGAUUGGCCUGGCCCCAACUUGUGACUCUCGCAUCUUGCAUACGCUCAAGUCUAAGACAUAAUCUUCUGUGAGCUUUUGGAAAUGAGACUUACUGAACGUUUUAACCAUAACACUCACCCAAAUUUUGCAUUGUUUAAAGAGUCUAUGAGCAUUUGGGAAAUAACUUCAGAAUUUGGGUGAGUGUUAUGAACCAACGAUACGGGGUUGAAAUGUUUGGCAAGUCUCCAAAAGCUCAUGGAAGAUUAUCUCUGUGACCUGAGUGUGAGUACUGUACAAGAGUCAGAACCUGGGGCUAAAAUGGACCCUUUUUAACUAUAUAUUUACUAUUGAGAUUGUAGUUUGUAGUGGUGAUGAACUGGACCACAUCAUAUUGAGGUGUUUCUAAUGAUUUUUUAGCCACAUUUACAAACAUGAUGGCAUCAGGCUGAAUAAGUAUCACUGUAUUAUUGAUGCCAGAUAUCCUGUGUCAGCUGAGCCCCCUGCAGUGCUUUAAUACUGUAAAGGUACAACCUGCAUUUCCAAUGUACUGCAGUUUGCAGACUUUCACAUCUGUUUUAUUUACUAUAACUAGCACAUGACAUUGUCCUCCUGUGUGUGUAAAAUGUUUUGAAAUACAAACAUAACAGCAUAUCAUUUAUAAUAUCUGAAAAUGCGGUUGUGGUUGUGUCUCUCUUUCACAAAAGGAUCAUUUUAGAGGUACACAGCAACCUGCUCUUUCUGGAACUGGAAAUAAUGUGUAUUUUCAUUAUUAUUAUUAUUAUUAUUAUUGAUUUGAUCUAGAAAAUGUGUAACAAGUAAAAUGUCUCUGAGUUCAAGGCAGCGUCUUCAUGUUGCUUGUUUUGUCUGAUCAACAGUCCGUAACCCAAAGGUGUUCACUUUACAGUGAAUGUCUGACAUUCUGACUUUAAAGUUAUUUGCUUUCUCCACAUUAAUUCCCAGCAAAUUGCCUGCUAUAAUCAGUCAAAUAAAAGAAAUGAGUGGAUAGGGUUAAAAAUAGCAAAACCUGCCAUGGCACAAAUCACCACCAUAUGCUGUUUUGAAGUCAUUUAAUCUGUAUCAACCUACUUCCUGCUCUGUCUCAGCCAUUUACAGAUGCACACUGAGCAUUGUAUGUGUUUAGGCAUCAGUGUCUGGGUAAAAAUGAUCUGUGUGUUAUAUAGAAAAAAAGAUAAGGGUUUGUCCAGUUUUUCAUGUUUGUGUUGUAUCAUAGAGGUUAAAAUAACAUGCAACUGUACCUUUAAUUUGAUGAAAGGUUUACUACUGUGUGUUGAUAUACAGCACUGGUGGAGGAAUUGUAUUAUUUAUUGUAUUUGAAAACAUUUUUAAAUCUGAAGGUGUCUAUCAGGCCAUGUUUCAGGGUGCUAUUAAUCAGUUAACAGCAUUAAAUACUGAUAUUCAAACAAGCAAAAAAGAAAAUUUGAAAAUUUGUCUUGAAUACUGAAAACAGCUCCUUUAAAUGUCUUUGUCAGAAUGAUGUAUAUUCAGUUUGUGUAAUGCAGCAUCAGUCAUCCCUACUGCCUUGAAAUAUACAUUUAGCUGACUAUGAUGCAAGGAUGACCAUGACUGGGCUUACAGACAAAUUCUGCUGCAAAAAGGCAAAGAUUUUCAGUUGUUUGCACAUUUUCUGGGCUGCGUUGCAUCUAAACUUUGCUUAUUUACAAACAUUUUGGUCAUAUUAGUCAGUAAAAUUACCUCUUUCA